AUGCCCAUGGGCGCGGGCGUCGGCGGGAGGCUUUCGCGGCGCUACUGUGGCACCGGCGCCCGGCACCUGUUCAACGCAAUGCCUCCGAGGCGCGUGGGAGCGGCUGCAGCGAGGGGCGAGGACUGCAUCGGCGCCCUCCCGGACGACCUCCUCCUCCACGUUCUCUCCUUCCUUCCUGCGCAUGAUGCCGUGCGCACGUGCGUGCUCUCCCGCCGCUGGCGCCAGGUCUGGAAGUCCUUGCGCGUUCUGCGCUUCACCAAGCCCCAGAGCUGGGGAAGCGCGACCAAGUUCAAUAGGUUUGCCAACAGCGUGCUGCUCUUCCGCAGCCGGGCACCUCUGGAAGAGCUCACGUUUGAGACCUACAUGUACGAUGCUAUAAACCCUCUCUUAGAUAAAGACCAAAAGAAUGAACGGGUUAAAUACGCCCAGAGGUGGAUCAUGUACGCCUUAAGGCACAGUGUGCGGGUGCUCAGAGUCCUUGUGAACUCAAGGCUCAGCAGACCUCAGCUGCGGCCCAUACCCCUGCUGCGACUCAGUGAGCCCCUCAUCUCCCAGCACUUGAUGACCUUGGAGCUUAAAUCUGUAGUGUUGACUAAUAACUCUAUGGAUUUCUCGAGCUGCCCUGCCUUAAAGAAUCUUAAAAUAAGGGAUUCCAAAAUUUGGGUUCACAAGAUAUCUUCCCAAUCACUAAGUCGUCUAAGUGUCAAGAAUUGUGAGUUUUCUGGUGAUAUAUGCACUCAGAUUUUGGCCCCAAAUCUAUCAUCACUUCUACUGGACGUGCGUUCUGGCAGGCUUCCAUACUUUCCAAGUGCAGUGUUGCUAGUGAAAGCAUAUAUCAGACUUGAUCAGUACUGUAGGGAUUGCUGUUGGCACAGCAACUUUGAACAUUGUGCUCAUGAUACAUGUGUUGAUUGCUAUGGUAAUAAUGACAGGAGUGCCAAGUGUGUGCUUCUUAGAGGCUUGUGCAAUGCUAAAAAUUUGGAGCUGUCUGUUCAAUUUUCAGUCUACAUUCAGAAUCGUGCAGCGGCCAUUUUCAAGCGAGAUAUGAAAUUGUGCCCCAUAUUUAGCAACUUAAAGACUUUGGUGCUCAAUGGGUGGGCUGUGGCCUGUGAACUCGAUGCACUAAUUUGUUUCCUCCAGCAUGCGCCGAUCCUAGAGAAGAUCACUCUUCAACAUAAUGGGCUUAACUAUAAUGUGGAAAUGAGAGAAAGUUGUAGUUCAAUUGAAAAAAUUGCUCUGCCUGAGCACCUUAAAUUAGUUGAAGUCAGAUGCCAAAAGAUUGCUGAAAAUGUUCACAAAUUUGUGGAUAUCUUGAAUGCCUAUGGCAUAACUUCUGAUAUAAUCAAUAUCGUGGAGAUGGAUGGCUGA